UGGCAGUCACCCAGUCUUCUUCUCUUUGUCCUCAUGCCGGGGCCCUACACUUCCACCGCGGCGUGAUCAGUGAAGCUUUCAUGACGCGCAGAGGCCGCUCGGUGUUGGCCUUGCUGCCAGCGGUCGCGGCAAACAUUCCGGGCGAGGCACCGAGCGCGACGGUGAGUUGCGCCACCUUCGGCCAAGCGUAUGAAGAUGCCACCGCGCAGGCGCCCGCACUGCCAAACGGCGCCUUCUUGACAGAUGCCCUGCAGUGUCAGAACAGUUGUGCCAGCAAUCCGAUGUGCGAGCACUUUACUUGGAGACGGCUCUCUACCUGGCUUCCUUCCCGAAGAAACAUCCACCGUCCUCACCGUGCUCUGCUCUGCUUCGUCUCUGCGCCGUUUUGGUUCACGGACACCCAUGGCUGCUGGUUGGGCAAAGGCUCCAGCCUGGUGAUGUCGCCCAAGGCGGUCUCCGGACCCAAGCAUUGCCUGUCCACCACGGCGACCGGGGCCACCACAGCCGCACCCAGCGCGGCCGCCACCACGGCGCUUCCCGUGACAGGUGUGACCGUCCCUCAGGUGCCAUCCGUGCCAUCCGCAGGUAGCAACUCCUGGCUUUGGUGGCCCUUAGGCGCAGGUGCGAUCAUCUUGGUCUCUUUGGUGAGCUGCAUGUUGGUGGGCAAAAAGAAGCCGAAAGAAAGUGCUCGCAAGCGACAUGCGAGGAGAACUCAAGGCAUGCAAGAGGUGGAGGAAGAUGUGGAGGAGCCGGAAUCGGUCGAGAAGCCUUUGAUGCCCUGGGAGCAGCGGAAGUUGGAAUCUCGAAGCAACAAGAUGGGCUUCCAGGCUCCAGGAAGCUUCAUGCGCUUACCACUCACGGCUCAACGUCCACAGCCCCUCUCCGGCCCACACCUUCCGCCCGAGAUGGAAGCCACGCAGCAGCUCGUGGCCUUGCCUCCCACGGGGCGUUACAUCGUCUCCUGAUGCCAAUGUGAAGCUGGA